AUGAGGCCGUUGCUUAUUUUUGGCCUGCGUGGCACCCUCGUGGAGCGCAUCCACGCCAGUCGUGUGCCGCUCGGCAUGCCUGAUGGCGCCAUCACUGUCGGUAUGAGUCGUGUGUGGCUGCGGCCAGGGGCGCUUGAGACGCUGCAGGCGCUGCAGGAGCACUGCACACUUGCCGUCUGGAGCUCAACGACCGCCCGAAACACGGCGCCGGUGAUGGAGGCGGUCUUCCAUGUGCAGAGCGCAGCGCCGAAGGUGCGGUUUGCGUUUGUGUGGUCUCGCGAGCACACGACGUCGGAUGAGUUCCGCCGCACGAAUCCCGCCACGCGUGACGACAAGCACGCGACCGUGAAGGACGUGCGGGAGGUGUUCCGUCGCUUCCCGGACAUCGCGACCCCACAGAACACGAUUCUCGUUGACGACACCCCCAGCAAAGGCAAGCACAACGCGGCAAAUUUUUUGUGGCUGGAAACAUGCGAGGAGCUCAAAAUUGAAAACGCGGGGGUGAUGCCGGCACUGAGGCGGUUUGUGGAGCAAAAAUUACUAGCGGAGAAGGAGGACGUGAGGCGACUGCUCCCCGUACGCAUUCCCUGGGUUUGA